GAAACCAGAUAUUUUUAGGGUCUCUUUGGUUAAUUUAGCGGGAAAAUCUUGUUGAAAUAUCGCUGUUGGGAAGCGGGAGGGUGCCCUCGGCGGAAGGAUACACCUCGGUGUUUUGGGAGUCGGAGGGAGGGAGCGAAGGAGGACCGAUCGGCGUGGAACCCGGUGAGCGUUCAUCCUGCCUCCUUCGCCUGGGAACAAAUAGCUGAAAAGAAGUAUGGAUUUUGAAAUGGCGGAAAAACAGAACAGCUCUACUGUGAUCUGUUUAACAUCUGAUGAUGAGGAGGAGGAUGUGGUGUUUGUGUCAAACGAGCAGGGAUCUCAACAGAGCGAGACGUCGAUGAAGGAGAUGGAAAUCCAGAUACAGGAUAUCCGGAGCUUGCAGUCAGAAGACGCUGCUAUGGAGGAAAAGAGUCCUGGAAAGGAUUUGGUGAAUUUCAUCAGAACUAACUUCGAUCAUGAAGUUUACUCUGCAGAUCCACAGGAUGUGAUGCAGGCUGUAACAGACAGGCCUUACUCUGUGUACCUGUAUGUAGGGGUGGAGCUGGGGGGAGGGAAGCGCGCUACCUUCCUGCUGAUCGGCUACUUUAAUGAUUGCUCAGGUAGGAGUGUGGUGAAGCUGCUGCACACUCUGCACAUGGGCAUUGACGGCGCUCAAAACCGGGACAUAGACGCCAUGGUGCAUGUUGUUUAUUCUGACGCUUGGCUUCUAGUCGAAGUCUUGAGAAAGUAUGAGCUUCCGCUGUACAACAUUGCCGCUUUUUACUGCAACGUUCCACAGCCGUACCUAACCCGGGUGAUUGUGACCAGGCUCCAGUCUUUCAGCCCAAAGUUAUUGUCCCUCUGCAGCAUCCCUGAGAUAGCAGAGAGAGCCUGCCAAGCUGGAAUCACGGCCUCCUUCAGCCAAGUUGUGGACCUGAUUACAGACAUCCAUCGCCAUUACACCAGAUGCCCUUCCGUUAAUGACAGUCUGAAAGAGGUGUUUGCUGACGCUGGGUCAUAUAACCCCCGUCUUCCACUCUCAGCACACUGUUUCUUCAUCACAUACAGCGUGCAGAAGAUGGCCGCUCACUGGCAGGAUUUGCAGGAAUAUUUUAAAUCCCUGAAAGAGACAAAGCCCUUGAACCGAAUCAAGAUCCAGCUGAUGGACGACGCAUUCAGACUCCAGUUUUUGUUCCUUUCCCACUCGUUGGAGCCACUCAGAGCCCUCCAAGAGCUACAGCAGGCGGGCAAAGCAGAUCUGAGCGGGGAGCUCCAGCUGGCUUUCAUUUUGCUGCAGUCCUACAUGGCCAGCAUCUACAAGCCGUCAGUGUCCAUUCCCUUCUUAAAGCAGGAGUUGACUUUGCCUCAAAGUGAGAAUCUGCUUCCAUUUUACGAGGUGAAUAUCGGCGUACAGGCUUUGGAACUGAUGAUGGUCUCUGGUUCCAAUAUCGAACAACAGGUCAAGAUUAGUUUCCUAAAGAAUGCCCAGACUUUCUACAAAGCAGCACUGUGGAGUCUGCUGGAGAGCAUUCCAGCUCCACUGUGUGAUGUCACAGUGAGGAAGAUUGGGAACAUGCUGAAAAAUCCAGAAAGCAUCAAUAAAGAUUUUCCUUGGGAAGGGUUGCCAAUGAUUGGUGCUCAGCUGGGUCUCUGCGCGGUCAGUGCUGCAGAGCAGGAACUGACAGAAGGCUGCAACAUUUUAAAGAAGGAACAGAGAAAGCGUGAGGGAUGUAUUGGCUGGGUUACGAUUUUAGGCAAAGUGAAACGGUGGCCCACUUUGCACAAGCUGUUUCUGACCCUCUUGGCCCUGCCCAGCUCUCUCCACAUGAGUCAGGUGUUUGCUCAGGCAUACAAGAACAUCAAAAUUAAUCCAAAUGUGGAGAAAACCCCCGCAGCCUCGCCGCAGGUUGAAAAAUUGGGGCAGGACUCGGGCACGGACCGGAGGACGCCACUUUUGCCGGAAAACUCUAACUACCAGAAAAGAAAAGUGACAGUGGAUCAGGAAUCAUCAGAGAAGGAGAGCAGUCCUACAGGGAAGCUUUUAACUCAUAAAAAGCUGAAGCAUGGAGGAAGCAUGGAGAAAACGGACGAGACAGACAACUUCUCAGAUCUGGUGGAUUUUACAGAAGAGUCUAGACAAUCCUCUGCAGACCCGCCGAUGACCUCAGAAAGAGAUGGAAUCCAACAAGGAGAGUUUAUUUUCAUUGUGACAAGUGAUGAAGAGGAAGAGGGCUUGGAUUCAACAACCAUACUACCCGAUUCUGAAGAAUUUGCAGAAAAAUCAGUUGGGGACCUGGUCUGGGGUGAGAUAGAUGGCUUCUCCCCGUGGCCCGGCAUCAUCGUAUCCUACAAAGCACAGAAGCAGUAUCCACGCAAGAGGAUGGUGGAAUGGUACGGCCAGAGGAUGUGCUCCCUGGUUACUGUGGCGUCUCUGAAGCCAUUCGCUGGAUUCAGCCAGUACUUCUGUGCACACUCCUUUGCCACUCUGGUCACUUAUCGGGAGGCCAUCCUCUCAUCAUUGCAGGAGGCGGCACAGCGCUGUGGAAAGCAGUUUUCUGCUUUGCUUGACGACAGCGAAGAGCUCCUGAAGCAGAUGCUGGACUGGGCAUUCGGUGGCUUCCAACCAUCUGGUCCAGCUGGACUCAAACCCAGAAUAGGCUUUGUUAAAACUUGCACUAAGCCAAAGGUGAAAAAGAAACUUUUUGGGAAAUCCAACCAAGCUCUCUCCCCCUCCAAGUCAGCAGUUGCUAUUUCAGACAUCAUCACUAAAGCAUGUAGCGUGGUGGUCUCUGUCAACAAAAUAUCGUUCACUCCCGGAGAUACUUCCUCCAGCUCCAAAACUAAUGGGGAUAAUGAACAGAAUUCUGCUGAAAAAAGCCUCAAAGAAGUGAAUCCAGUGAUGGGCAAGCAGGGAAAUGGAGGAUCCCAGGUGGAGACCGACAGGUUGGAUGAAGAGUGGGAGAAUGUGAAUAGCAGAAAGGAAAGGGGAGUUUCAGAGAGGCAAAGAGCGGCAAAGAGUGUAAAGAAGAGCCACCGCUGGUUAAAUGGAUUAGACGACGACGACACGUCACCUGACUUUGUUCCAUACAGGAAGAGAAGCUGCACCAAGUUGUACAAUAAGGUCAACCAGCCAAGCAGCGAGUACACGCAGCCAGACCAGAAGCACAGAGAGAUGGUUAUCAAGAUAAUCAUGGAAUCACAACUCGACAUUGAAGAUUUCUGUUUGUGUUGUGGGACCAAGGACAUCGAUAUUUUCCAUCCCCUUUUCAAAGGCGGCCUCUGCUUGAAGUGUAAAGAUAACUUCACAGAGACCCUGUAUCGCUAUGAUGAAGACGGAUACCAGUCCUACUGUACCAUCUGUUGCUAUGGGAUGGAGGUCAUACUAUGUGGGCAUGAUGGCUGCCACAGGUCUUACUGUGAAGACUGUCUGAACAUCCUUGCCGGCCCAGGGACCUUUGACUCACUUAAGGUCGUGGACCCAUGGGUCUGCUACCUCUGUCAGCCUCACCAGCCACAUGGUGCUCUGGUUCCCAGGGAUGACUGGAGAUUUCGUGUUCAAGAGUUAUUCGCCAACACCAGCGCCAUGGAGUUUGAGCCUCAUCGUGUCUACCCAUCCAUUCCCACCAAACUCCGCAGACCUCUCCGAGUUCUGUCCCUGUUCGAUGGCAUCGGGACGGGCUACCUGGUGCUGAAAGAUCUUGGCUUUAAGGUGGAAAAAUACGUCGCCUCCGAGAUUUGUGAGGAUUCCAUUGCUGUGGCAAGCAUCAACCAUGAUGGGAAGAUCAUUCAUGUUGGAGAUGUUCGAUUAAUCUCAGAUGAUGUGAUCCAGAAGUGGGGUCCGUUUGACUUGCUGAUAGGGGGGAGCCCGUGUAACGACCUCUCCAUUGUAAAUCCACUCAGGAAAGGCCUUUAUGAAGGCACCGGCAGACUCUUUUUUGAUUAUUACCGCAUCCUGCAGCUGCUAAAGCCCAAAGAGGACGACCCUCGGCCUUUCUUCUGGCUCUUUGAGAACGUCGUCUUCAUGAACACACACGACAAAGUCAACAUUUGCCGUUUCCUAGAGUGUAACCCUGUGCUGGUGGACGCAGUGAAAGUGAGCCCCGCAAACAGAGCUCGAUACUUCUGGGGAAACAUUCCUGGAAUGAGCCGGCCCAUCACAGCCUCCCAGAAGGACAAGUUGAACCUCCAGGAGUGUUUAGAGCUUGGCAGGGAAGCCAGGGUAACCAAAGUGAGAACAAUCACAACAAAAUCAAACUCCCUGAAGCAGGGGAAAAAUGUUUCUUUGCUGCCUGUCAUGGAUAAAGGAAAAGAAGACAUCCUCUGGAUCACUGAGGUGGAAAAAAUUUUUGGUUUCCCCAAACAUUACACCGAUGCAAGGAACAUGAACCGACAGCAGAGACAGAAGCUGCUGGGCAAGGCGUGGAGCGUACCAGUUAUCCGCCACCUCUUCGCCCCCCUUAAGGAGUACUUCGCCUGUGAGGAACUGCCUCCUGUAGCCAUGCCGGAUGUCUCCACCUCCAGCUCCUCCGCCACCUCCUCGUCUCCUAACUCCCCAGACCUGCAGCAGCUGAGAUAAGGGAACUUGGAUGGGAUUGAGGGAUUUCAUAGGCACACAGCCUCCCAUACGGAGGUCCUAGGGGGGCUUCCAACCUCACUGGUGUGGAGACAAGAGCCCAGACCGCGUAAAUAUAUAUAUACGGGAGCAGGCAGUGGACAAUAGACCUUACAUGCAUGAUACUUCUUGCCCAAAGAGUGAUUUCUGUGAAAUUCCAUUUUAUUUUCCACAUCACAAAAAUCAUAUGGCCCUAAGCAUCCCAACUGGUGCUACCUUUAACAACACUAUCUGCUUAUUUUGUGCAAUGGAUUGUUAUGCUGCCUCUGAUAUGCAGCCAUUUUACUCAGGAACCUCAUUGGGAAUUUUUAUUAGUUUCUUAAAAAUGAUCCAGCAUCCUGUGGUGUUACGUUAUUCAGUGUGAACUUACUGAGAUAUUUUUAAAUAUUUUUUCGAAGAUAUGAAUCUAAACUAGUUCAGUAUUUUAAUAGACUGUUGCUGCUGCUGCAGUUGUAGAAAACAUUGAGUUUUAUGAUUGCUUUUUUUAGAAUGUUUUGCCUAUUUUAAAGGGGAGAACUUCAGAGUUUGGUUCAUAUUUUCGUUUAAUCAUGAAAAAAAAAAUCUAUUGAAUCUGCAAUCAUGAUAGUAAGGGACAACUAUUGCCUGAUUUUUAACCUGCUGCUGAGUCAUCUAAACCUGCAGUGCCUUAAGCAAUCUUUUAAUCCUUAGUGGUCACCUUUGACAACCAGUUUCCUGUGUUUCGGUAUUCGUGCCCACACCAGUUCAUACAUCAGUACUAAUUCCUAAGUGUUUGAAGGGUUUUUUGUAACCACUGCCCAAAAUAUCCCAAAAAUGUAUCUACCUCCUUAUUUCCUUCUGUUAGUUGUGCUACAAACAAAAACACUGGAAUUUAAGGAAUUUAAGCCUUAAGUGGAUUUAAUUCCCAUUGGACCAAAUAUGUGGGCCAAACAUGCAGUCUAAUAGUUAGUAUUCCUUAAUACUGAAUAAUCAAGAGUAACUAAUACUUUUUAAUGUUACUUUUUUUUAAGAGUACAUCCAGUAAUUAUAAAAAAACACAGCAUUUUUAGUUCCUUUUUGUAUUAAAUAUGUUUUUUUUUUAAGAUGUCGUUAUUGUAACAGUAAGAACUGGUCUGCUUUUAAUAAAAGUGAUAUGAUGGUACAAAGUUUACAUUUCAUACUUUUUUUUUUCUCUUUUUCCUUUUACGUUUACUUUGAAAAUUCUUAAUGUGACUGUGAUUGUCGUCUUGCUGGAUCUUUGAAUGUUUUGUGAAUCAUGAGCGGAGUUCUUUUUACACUUUUGCACGUUACCUUAAAGGGAUUAAUGCAUGUGGGUCUGCAAUUGUUUCUGAAGGUUCAGCUAUUUCUGUAUUAUAGGAGUUGUGUUCUGCUCUUUUUAUCUACUGACCUUAUUUUAAUUACGUAUGUCAAAAGUGAUAGAAUAAAUAUUAAAACAAUGUAUAUCAAA